ACUCACCUGCUCAGAGCCUGAUGAUGUGAGGCUGGUGGGAGGAGGCAGUCGCUGUGCUGGUGGAGUGGAGUGGUACGACCAGGGAGAGUGGAGGACUGUGGGAGCUGAUGACUGGGACCAGAGGGAUGUAGCUGCAGUAGUGUGUAGACAGAUGGGUUGUGGCUCCACUGUUUCAGUACCACCUGGAAACACCACUAGAGGGUUUGGAGUUUCCUGUUCUGGGUCUGAUUCUUCACUGAGGGAGUGUAGAAGAACGUAUGAUCUCCUUCCUGGACUCACAGUGAUCUGCUCAGAUCUCCUGGUCCAGCCUGAUAUCUUCCUGACUGACCCAAUGGGAGGGGUCUUCAGGGGGCACCAGGGGCCUGAGAUGUUCAGGGGCUACAACUUCACCAUCACCUGCUCCACUCAGCCACAGUACCCAGGAGGCUCCUUCCUCCUCACGUUCACCAGCUCCAACAGAACCCAGCCAGCUGUCAAUCACUCUGCUGCCUUCCUCUUCCCUGCUGCAGAUGACUCCCACCAAGGGAACUACAGCUGUGUUUAUGAGAAUUAUGUUUUCUCUCAUAACUUCUCCUCUGAGAGUGAGCUCCUCUCCCUCACCAUCACAGAUCUCCUGGUCCAGCCUGAUAUCUUCCUGACUGACCCAAUGGGAGGGGUCUUCAGGGGGCACCAGGGGCCCGAGAUGUUCAGGGGCUACAACUUCACCAUCACCUGCUCCACUCAGCCACAGUACCCAGGAGGCUCCUUCCUCCUCACGUUCACCGGCUCCAACAGAACCCAGAUCCAGCCAGCUGUCAAUCACUCUGCUGCCUUCCUCUUCCCUGCUGCAGAUGACUCCCACCAAGGGAACUACAGCUGUGUU